AUGAAACCUGAUGAACAAUUCUUCGUAAAGACAGAAGAAGACGAGGUUUUUGUAAUGAUUAAUGACGAAAGCCAGGACAUUAAUAAUAUGCGACGACAAUUUACGGCAAAGUAUCCAUCAGAACAAUCCUCCUCACCAUCACAAAUCAUGAAUUUCGAAGCGCAACAAAAUCCCGCGAUAGAAAACAUAGAGAUCCACGAUGAUGAUAAUGAAGGAUACGAAUCAGGUGAAACCAUUCCUGAACAACAGAUACCGUCCACUUCAUCAGCCGCAAAGAAACAUGGUGGAAAGCUUACCUCCCAAAUGAAAAAAAAGCCUCCGGUCGAUGAGGAUAAAGAGGAAGAAGUAGAGGAGGAAUAUGAAAACGAGGAACAUCAACGGACACGCCGUAGUGCAAGACAGGCGGAAAAGAUGUCCAAGGAAGCUCCUCAAGAGAUACUCCCGGCACGUAAUACCAGAAAAAGAAAGGCAAUGUCAACUCCCACUUCAACAAAGCGCAAAAAACUCAUGACGACGCCUUCGAAUCAGCAAUAUAAGACUAAGAAAAGACGAGGUCGCAAACCUUCCAAAGGGCUAAAAGCAUACAACAUAGGAGUAUGGCAAGAAUGA